AUGUCUGACAGUGACGAGUACGGCGAUGAGUUUGACGAUACUGAGUUUCUCGAUGCUGCCACGCAGGCUGAGAAGGAGAACACGCCUGCCUUUCCGUCUUCACCAAGGCCAGCCAAGCGGCGGAAGAUCAGCAAUAUAGAUGAGCGUACUGAGUCCGUUCCACGCAACACACGACAAGGGCGUCGCCGAGGCCCUUUCGUUUCGUCUGACGAAGAUGAAGACGCCUUUGAUGGAUCCGAUCGGACGUUGUCUGACACAGGCAGCAAAAGUGCCUCACCUCCAGAGAGCGCGCCUUCAAGUCGUAAGAAGAGAGCUCAGUCGAAGCGAAACGAUGAUGAAGAUGUGUUACCCAUUAAAGAGACUGUUGCGGAUAAGCGGAGAGAACGCAUUCAUAUGCCGACCACAAACGUGGAUAUGCCAGACAUGUUCUUAACGCAGCCACCUCAGACAUACUCCCCACCGUGGAAGCCGAGGGGAGCAAUAUGGGCAAAACCUACUACCGCCAUUGGUGUGCACAAGCCGUUCGAACCUAGUAAAUCGGCUGGGUUGGACGCCAUGAGCACUAUGCCUUUGCCGAGUAGACAGUCGACAUCAUCUCGACCUACACCACAAGCGCCGCCGUCUCCAGUCCUUUCAGACUCGCCCAUUGAGAUCAAAGAAUCCCCAAGGUUACCGGUUCGUCCUGCAACUGCAACAGCAACGGGUGACUAUGACUUCACCCGAGAUCUCGCAGAUCUUCCGUCCGAUGCUUUUGCUUCCUCUUCCUCAUCGCCGCAGAAGCAGGCCGAUGUAGAAGUUAUCAGCGCUCGAAAACGUGUCGUUGCACCUCUCACCGGUCUACGACAGACCACCUUGUUUGGUCGCGCGGGCGUCAAUGGUACAAUUCCCGCCACCCAAACAAAUAAACGAUACAACUUCGUCGUUGACCAGAAGGCCGAGCCACCCACUCACCACAAGCUAGAUCCAGAAACAAUUAAGACUUGGGUUUAUCCAACAAACCUAGGAACUAUCCGAGAUUAUCAGUUUAACAUUGUUCAGCGAGGUCUCUUCAACAACCUACUUGUGGCUCUUCCAACUGGUCUCGGUAAAACAUUCAUUGCAGCUACCAUCAUUCUCAAUUGGUUCCGAUGGACCAUCGAUGCGCAGAUAGUGUUCGUCGCUCCAACGAAGCCGCUUGUUGCCCAACAGGUAGAGGCCUGCUUUAACAUCGCGGGCAUUCCGCGCUCAUACACCACAAUGCUUACUGGAGGUGUGCAGACAGGACUACGAGCGGAAGAGUGGAAGGACAAGAGAGUGUUCUUCAUGACGCCUCAGACACUCCUGAACGAUUUGAAAUCUGGAUAUGCGGACCCCAAGAGGAUAGUGUUGUUGGUUGUUGAUGAAGCUCAUCGGGCGACCGGCGCUUAUGCAUACGUGGAAGUUGUCAGCUUCCUCCGUCGAUUCAAUUCGAGUUUCCGGGUAUUGGCUCUGACAGCCACACCUGGUGCCGAUGUAGAGUCGGUCCAGAAAGUCAUCGAUGGCCUCGACAUUUCCAAGGUAGAGAUCCGAACCGAGAACUCUAUGGAUAUAUGCAGCUACGUGCAUCAGCGCAAGAUCGACAAGCAAGUCUUCCAGAAUACAGAUGAGAUGGAGAUGUGCAUGGAGUUGUACAGCCAAGCACUACAGCCCCUGGUGAACACGAUUGCUGGACUCAACGCCUACUGGAGCAAGAACCCCCGCGACCUGACGCCUUUCGGGUGUCAGCAAGCCAAGAAAAAGUGGUUCCAAGAGGUCGGUCGCAAUGCCAACCGUGGCCUUCAGAGCACAGUUCACACUAUAUUUGCCAUCCUCGCAUCUAUCUCACACGGCAUGGAACUUCUGAAGUACCAUGGCAUGGGACCGUUCUACAUCAAGAUGAAGGAAUUCCAGGACGACAGUGCCAAAACGAAGUCCAAGUACAAGAAGCAGAUCCUUGACAGUGACGCUUGGAAAAAAUUGAUGGUGCGUCUCCAUGGGUGGAUUACGGAUGAUAAUUUUGUUGGGCAUCCAAAGCUGGAAUACCUGCAACAGGUCAUUCUAGAUCACUUUGUGAAUGCAGGUGAUGGCCGAAACGUCGAUGGUGCGCCUCCAUCACAGACGAGGAUCAUGGUAUUCGCCCACUUUCGCGAUAGCGCCGAAGAGAUCGCACGCAUUCUCAAGAGACAUCAUCCGAUGAUCCGCCCACGCAUCUUCGUUGGACAAGCACACGGGAAGAAUUCAGAAGGCAUGACGCAAAAAGACCAACUGGAGGCUAUCGAGAGGUUCAAAAACGGCGAAUUCAAUACUUUGAUUGCCACGUCGAUUGGUGAAGAAGGUCUGGACAUCGGCGAGGUCGACCUUAUUAUCUGUUACGAUUCGAAAGCAUCCCCAAUCCGCAUGUUGCAGCGCAUGGGCCGCACAGGUCGAAAACGCGAGGGUCGGAUCGUGAUGCUUCAGAUGCAAGGCAAGGAAGAAAAUGACGCGAACAAAGCGAACGACAGCUAUCUCAAGAUGCAGGAACUCAUUGCAGACGGGGGACACUUUAAUUUCCAUGACGACGUAUCUCGCAGAAUCCUACCACCAGAUGUUAAACCAGUUGUGGACCGAUGCGUGGUAGACAUCCCAAGCGAAAACUCUCAGAAAGACUGGCUUCCAGAACCAAAGAAGGGACGGCGGACCAAGAAGCCCCCAAAAAAGUUCCAUAUGCCCGAUGAUGUGAUCACCGGCUUCGUUACUGCAGGCCGUAUGGGUGAGGAAAUCGUACCCAAAGGCCGAGGGAAGAAAGCUGCCGCACCAGUUUACCCAAGCGAGACAGCAUUCGAGAUGCCGCCACUGGAUUCAGUGCUACUAGAUGAUGCAGCGGUUCAGGAUCUUGAGAGACGGUACCAGACCGUCUUUGACGACGAUGACGCUCCUAUGGUCGGCAUGUUGGACUUGAGUAAAUUUCCCGAGCGACAGCGCACUCUGCCUUACAAGCGUGGACGAAUCGGACCAGGUCGCGUAACACGGGCUUUUGCCGGUACUAUGCAGCGCGUGCAUGAUAUGGAAACUGACCGCCUGGAAAAGUUCAAGCGGGAUCUGCACUAUUCGGAUUGCGAAUCAGAUGCGGACGACAGUUUCAUCGUAUCGAAUACGGAAGUAGCACCCGUAAUUCAGGAAGACAUCCAUGAAGACAUGUGGGAAGACGACCUACCCGCAUCACAGGACCUUCCGACUACCAAAACAAAAGCAAAGCCUGGUCCGAAGCCCAAAGCAAAGGCACCGGUGAAACCAAAGGAGAAGGCGCCGCCAAAAGAGAAAGUAGCACCAAAACCAAAAGAAAAGCCUGUACCGAAACCCAAAGAGAAAAUGGUCCCAAGGACUCCCAAGACUCCAGCAAUUCGUGCUCGAACCCGAAAAGAUGAACCUGCUGCAGAGAUGCCAACUUGUUACUCCGAAACGGCAGAUGAAACACCAAUUACAAAGACGCCCAACUGGCGCGUGUCUGUCCUUGCUCAGGAAGGCGAUGAAUCAUCUCCUCCACCGACAGAUCCACGUUUCCAUGUCGCCUCUCAAGCUGACACGAUCGGUUCUGAUGACACAAUGGGUGCGGAUGAGGCGGAGGAUCCACUGGCAUGGCAGAACGUGUCAGAGCUGGCUAGUUUCAUCGUUGAAGAGGAUGAAGAAGAGGUGGUUCCAACUUCUAGUUUACCUAGUAUUGACAUGUUCGGCGUCGGGGUGGGAACGCAAGCAGUUGUCAAAGCUGCCAGGCCGAAGAGGACACCCAGACACGAAAAGUUGUUUACAAGCGACAUUACCGAUGACGAUGCAGUUGUCAGUAGUGACAGUGACGAUGAUGUACCGGUUGUUAGGCAUGGCGCUGGCGCGAGCAAGAAGGAAGCAGUCGUUGUUGAUUCUGAUUCUGAGGCGGAGGAAGAUGAGCCUGUUGUCCCUAGGAAGAGAGGUAGGCGGAUUGUUGAUGAUGACUCGGACGAGUGA